AUGGCUUCUAAUUUUUCAGAGGAGGAUUUCUCCUGUCCUGUGUGCUGUGAAAUCUUCAAGGAUCCUGUUGUUCUGCACUGCAGUCACAGUGUGUGUAAAGUGUGUUUGCAGCAGUUCUGGGAGACCAAAGGAUCCAGAGAAUGUCCUCUUUGUAGGAGUAAGUCGUCUGUGGCUCAGCCUCCCAUAAACCUGUCCUUAAAGAACCUGUGUGAGACUUUCUUACAGGAGAGAAGUCAGAGAUCUUCAUCAGGGUCUGAAACAGUCUGCAGUCUGCACAGUGAGAAACUCAAACUCUUCUGUCUGGAUCAUCAACAGCCGGUGUGUUUGGUGUGUCGAGAUUCAGGAAAACACACCAACCACAAAUUCUGCCCCAUUUAUGAGGCAGUAACAGACUGUAAGGAGAAGCUCAAAACUGCACUGGAACCCCUACAGGAGAAACUGAAUGUCUUUAAAGACUGUAAACUGAACUGGAGUCAGACUGCAGAACAUAUAAAGAUUCAGGCCCAACACACAGAGCAUCAGAUUCAGGAGGAGUUUGAGAAGCUUCACCAGUUUCUACGAGAUGAAGAGGGAGUCAGGAUCACUGCACUGAGAGAGGAAGAGGAGCAGAAGAGUCAGAUGAUGAAGGAGAAGACUGAGAAGCUGAGCAAAGACAUAUCAUCUCUUUCAGACACAAUCGGAGCCGUAGAAGAGGAGAUGAGAGCUGAAGACGUUUCACUGCUACAAAACUACAAGGCCACAGCGAAAAGAGCCCAGAGCACACUGCAGCAUCCAGAGGAGCUUUCAGGAGCACUGAUCCAUGUGGCAAAACAUCUGGCCAACCUGCAGUUCAGAGUCUGGGAGAAGAUGCAGUACACCGUCCAAUACACACCUGUAACUCUGGACCCCAACACUGCUCAUCCUGUGCUCAUUGUAUCUGAUGAUCUGAAAAGUGUGAGACACAGCGAUGAGGAACAGAAACUUCCUGAUAAUCCAGAGAGAUUUGAUAAAUAUCGGUGGAUCCUGGGAUCUGAGGGCUUUAACUCAGGGACACACUGCUGGGAUGUGGAAGUUGGAGACGGUGCAGGGUGGAGUGUGGGUGUGAUGACAGAAUCUGCUCAGAGGAAGGGGGAGAUAUUCUCCAGAAGUGGAAUCUGGUUUGUGGAGUAUUAUGAUGAUGAUGGUAAAUAUUUUGCAGUUUCUACACCAUAUACAGCCACUCAGCUCUCAGUAGCACAGAAACUCCAGAGGAUCAGAGUGAAGCUGGACUGGGACAGAGGAAAACUGUCAUUCUCUGACCCUCUCACUAACACACCCUUACACACUUUCACACACACAUUUACUGAUAAAUUACUGCCAUUCCUACAUGUUUAUGGUUCCAUAAAGAUCCUCCCACUUGAGUGCCAACAUUGA